GUACUUGUACUACGCGUCUUUUACUAUUAUUAUGUGUCAUUGCAUAUAUUGUUAUUAUUUUCUUCCUGUGUGCAUUUCUGACUGUUUUGCAUUAGGAUACACGGUGGUAGUUACAUAUAUUACAUCAAGUAAUGUCUCAUGUUAUGUACAUUGUCUAAGCUCAUACUACUAGUAUUACUGUAUAUUAUGUGUGAACCAUAUGAAACCAUAUUUGCACAUAUGCACUCAUUAUAAACAUGACAUGUUGACCUAGUACCAAUGCACCGUCCCGUGAUCUUUUGCAUUAUGUACAGUGGGGUAUUAAUCAUGUGUACUUAUACUACCUUUACUAUUAUUACAUGUAGCGUUGAUAUGUACAUGUAUAUAUUUUUUAUUUUAUUUUUUCUGUGUGUAUUUCUGACUGUUUUGCAUUAGGAUACACUGUGGUACUUUCAUGUAAAUACAAAUAAGUAUUAUCAUGUUCAAAAUGUCUCAUGUAUGAACAUUGAUCAUACUAAUAGUGCAUAUUUUGCUUUUGUUUCGUUCUUUUCUUUUUAUCAUCUUUUUUUAAAAUAAACAUUGCACAUUGAAAUGUUAACAAUCAUGUAUGCUGUAUGCCCGAGAGGGCCCUAAUUUGGAAAUAAAUCAUAUUCUAUUCUAUUUUAUCCGUUUUUAUCCGGACGCUCCCAUUUAGCGAUACUUGAUUUUCAUUUUCAUUGGUUGAUAUGAAUGGAGGAAGAUUUGAAAGACUUAGACUGUCACUGCAAACUGAGGCCUAGAGCAGCCUAAUAUUACAGGGGAUGGAUAACAUUCAGGUUGCAAUCCGUGCACGCCCUUUGAUUGCAAAGGAGACAAAUGCAGGGCAGAAUAAAGUGUGGAACAUUAAAGAAAACACAUUGGAACCACUCGACCAAAAUGGCAAACCAGGAAUACCUUACGCCUUUGACCGGAUCUUUGAUGAACACAUGACAACCUAUGAUGUGUUCCAGGAAAUUGCUAAACCUAUCAUUGAUGCUGCUGUACAGGGAUUCCAUGGCACAAUAUUUGCUUAUGGACAAAGUUCUUCAGGCAAGACUUUCACAAUGUCUGGUGAUGCAAUACAUCCAGGAAUUAUCAAACUAGCUGUUAAUGAGAUUUUUGCCAGAAUUGACAAGAUUCCGGACAGAGAGUACCUAGUGCGCUGCUGUUACAUGGAGAUUUAUAAUGAGAAAGUGUCCGACUUGCUAUCCACAGAAGACAAGAUCAUAAAGAUUCAGGAGGACACCGAGAGAAAUGUAAAUGUGAUUGGUGUGGUGGAGAGGUAUGUGAUGAAUGAAGAUGACCUGAAUGCUGUCCUCAAAGAAGGUGAAGCAAGAAGACAUAUGGCAGAGACCAAACAGAAUGACAGGAGCUCACGUUCUCACUGCAUACUGCGUAUUAUUAUAGAGAGCAGACAAGUAGACGAUGAAUCUGCUGUCAUGGUGGCACAUCUGAAUUUUGUGGAUCUGGCAGGAUCAGAAAAGGCCGGGGAAAAUACAGGAGACAGAUUUCGUGAGGGCUGCUCCAUCAACAAAUCUCUCUUUACGCUGGCUCGCAUCAUCGCUAAACUAAGCGAAGGAGUCAGUAAUCAGCACAUUGGGUAUCGAGACUCGAAGUUAACCCGUAUUCUGCAGAAUGCAUUGGGAGGAAACUCUAAGACAGCUGUCAUUGCCACCAUCACCCCAGCCUCACUGGAGGAAUCACACAGCACCCUCAAGUUUGCAACCCGAGCCAAGACAAUAUCCAACAAACCUAAAGUCAAUGAAGUUCUAUCUGAUGCCGCGCUACUGAAGAGAAGUCGAAUGGAAAUCCAGAAACUGCAAGAGAAAAUCAAAGCGAUGGGAAACACAGAUGUCUGUGAGUUGCAAGGUGAGAAGGAAGAUUUAGAAAAAAAAUUGAAAGAGAAAGAGGAAAUGGAACAGAAAUACCAUGACCUUUUGAACUCCUUGAAGUAUGUCAUCCAAUCAGGAACCACACAACAGAAAAUGCUCCCCCAGCCCAAGAGAAGGAAAACAUGGUGCCCUGGAAAGGGAGCCUCGGUCAGUUCACCAAGACGCUUCAGUUUCAUCAACAGGAUGAACUUUUUUAAUGAGGCAGAAGAAAAGAACAUUGAAGACAUUUCUCCGCCAAAUCCAAGAAAACGGCACUCAGACGAAAAGCUCAAAGAACCUGCAAAAAAGAAGCAUGUAACUUUUCCUGAUGCUGAUCCUGUCCAAGAUGAAGAGGAUGAUGAAGCAUUUCUUGUCGAUCCCUUAGCCAGGGAUCUCUUAGAUUUGCAAGAUAGAUAUGAGAGUCUACUACAAGACUAUGAAGAACUGAAGAGAGAGAAGAUAGAGAUGGAUGAAUAUCACUGUCUGGAACGGGAGACCAACCAGGAGGGCUUAGACAGAAUGAAUCAGAAAACUCUAACAAUGAAGUCAAUGGAGGAAAGGAUGAAUACUCUGUCGGAUGAGAAUUUCCAUUUGGAGCACCAACUUCAAAUUCAGAAUAGAAAGGUCAAAGAAUACCAGUCGGAACUAGAUGAAGUCCGAAAAGAAGCAGAGGGAGGCCAGGAAAAUGUCACACAAGUAGAAAAGUUGAAUUCAGCCAAUGAGCAGUUAGGGUCAGAGGUCAAGGAAUUGAGGUCAUCCAAUGAAGAUCUCAAGACAGAGGUUGAGAGACUGAAGUCAGUCAAUAGUGAACAGGUGCUGGAGAUAGAGAAGUUGAGAACAUUCAAUGAUGAACUGAAAGAACAUCAGGCAACAGUGGAAGUCCUCAACAAUAAAGUGCAUGAAUUUGAGAAGACCAUUAAGGUUUUUGAAGAAACUGUUGAAGAAUUUCAAGUUGAGAAUAAACAGCUUCAGGGUGCUUUGGAGGAGAAGACUCAGAAAAUGGAAGAAUUGAGAGCCACGGCAGAAUCCAAGGCAGACAACUGUAAUGUCAUCCAGGAGAUGCAGCAAAAAAUUGUAUUGAUGGAGGAAGAAAUUAAAAAAUACAUCUCAGAAAAAGAGACACUUCAAGUGAAGACGCAACAUCUGGAAGAUGCUUUGGUUGAAGCGAGAAAAAGUCUUGUUGAUGCAAAGAAUGUUAAAGAAGAAGAGGAAGAGAUGGAAGAUGUGAGGAUUCUGCUUGAGAAGGCAAAUGGGAAAAUUACGGAGUUGGAAGAAAAGGUAGAAGAACAGAUAGAAGAAAUAAAAAGACUGUCCACAAUGACUGAAGAAAAACAAAGUGAGCUAAAAAACCAGAUCAAAGAUAAGGAUUGUGACUUGGACAGACUAAAAGAAAGUCAUUGUCAGAGUGAAAGAACACAGGCAGAAAGAAUACAGGAACUAGAGACCGAGUUACAACAGACAAUAUCGAAACAUACAGAGGAACUGAGUGUGGUCAGGAGAGAAACGGUAGAAUCUAUAGAGAGAGAUAAGUCUGUAGAAAGAGACACAUCUAUAGAGAGAGAGGAUUGUGUGAGGUGUAGGAAGAGAGAGACUGAAUGUGUGCAGAAAGUGGAUAAAAGUGUUCAUGUCUGUGUAGAGGAGGACUCUUUGGAAAACUUAUCUACAGAGAGGUUUAAAAAUGAUGAGGAAAAAGUGAGAUUAGAGGAGAAAAUUAGGGAGUUGGAGGAAAAGAUAGCUAUGAUGGAACAGGAGAAAGAAAUUCUGAAAGAUCCUACAGAGCUGAUGGAACAAUUUCAAAAUAUUGUGGAGGUGAUGAAAAGGGAGCAUGCCAAAGAAAUGGACAAAAUGCAGGAGGAGUAUAAAUCUCAACCAGAUAAAAACAUUAUGGAGGAAUUGGAACAGCUGCGAAGUCGGUGUGAAGAAUUAGCUCAGACUGUGAAUGAGAAAGACAUUAUAUGCCAAGAGCUUAAGGAAGCUGUGACUAAAAAGGAGUCCCUGUGUGUAGAACUGCACGACAAGAUCAUGCAGAAUGAGAAUUCAUCAGGACAGGUUAAGGAGAGAGAUGGUGUGAAUUGCCAGACAUAUGCAGAAAAUGAUUCUCAGAAGUGUGCAGAAACUGAUUCUCAGAAAGUACUGGAAUUAGAGAAAGAAGUAGGAAGACUCCAAGAGUGUACAUGUAAAUUGAAAGAGGAAAAUGAAGACAUUAAAAGACAGAAUUCAAUUAUUUCAAACCUACAGCAUGAAAUAAAUAACCUUCAAAGUCAGUUGAAUGAGAACGAAAGCAAAAUUAGUAAUCUUCAGGUAGAAAAUGAGAGACUUCUUGAUUGUGCCAAAACGACUCGCUCAGUGAGACACAGGUCUGAGAGCUCCAGUUGUACAAGUCAAGCACACUCAGAAAGCAUGGACUACACCGAGAUGUGCGAGAGGCUGUCCAUGGAGAAUAUUUCUCUUCAGGAGCGUGUGGAGGAGUUUCAGGAUCAGAUGAAAAACUACCAACAGGAAGUGGAAUUUUUAGAGGACAAUCUUAAGGAGGCCCAGGAGGAAAACCGGGUGUCACGUGACAAAGUGUGGGAACUGGAGGAGAAGCUGAUAUCUCAGACGAGUUCCUCUGAGUUUAGACUGAGUCAAGAAACACAGACUGACGACCUCACUGCAGACAAACAGUUUGAGGAACACGCCUCACAGACUGACGUACAGGGAGAUCUAGUGUUUGAGCCACAGACUGACAUACAGGGAGAUCUAGUGUUAGAGCUACAGACUGAUGUACAGGGAGAUCUAGUGUUAGAGUCACAGACUGACGUACAGGGAGAUCUAGUGUUAGAGUCACAGACUGACGUACAGGGAGAUCUAGUGUUAGAGUCACAGAGGACUGACAUUGAUGUUAGCAAUACAAAGGAAGAACUCCAGCUGUUGUUGGAGGAGAAUGUGAGUCUAAAGGAAAAGUUGUCCUCAUUGGAAGAGGAGGCAAGGAAACAGGAGGAUCAGGAACAGAGCAAAUCCCACAAGGAGGAAGCUCUGGUGCAGGAGUUCAUGUCUCUGAAAGGAAUCCACGAGGAACUGGAGGAAAGAUUUCAGGAUGUGACCAAGAACUGGGAGGAUGCCGAGGAGAAGGUGUUAGAACUUCAGCAAUUUCUGGAAGAAACAAAGGAACAGGUGGUCAACCUGACUACAAAGCAUGGGGAGUCCCAAGAGGAGAUUCAGAAUUAUCAGAGAAAAAUUGAAACUUUACAGGUUAAGGUGUCGGAUCUCACUGACCUGACAGAACGUAAUGAUGCAUCCUGUCAGGGACUGGAAACAGAAAUCCAGACACUGAGAGACGAAAAAGAAAAUUUACAGUCUGCCCUGGCAGAGAGGGAGAAGCGGGUAUCGAAUCUAGAACAGCAAAUAAGUUUAUUAGAAGAAACCCAAAGGGAAUUUCAGUGUGAACUUGAGAAACUAGAAGGAGAAAAGACAUCAUUAGAAGAAACUGUUUUGAACCAAUCAAAAUGGACAUUAAACGAUGACCAGAAGUUAAGUCAUGAGAAAGAAGUGGGAAAUCUUGAAGAAAAAAUUGAGACACUGUCGUGUGAAAAUGGUAAACUAACAGCAGAAGUGGAAGAGAAAAUGAUAGAAUAUGCCAAACAGCAAGAGAUUCUGCAGACACGGUGGGAGCGUUUGUCAGAAAUUUCAGAGGAGAACAGCAGCCUGCAGGAGGCCCUGGAAGAGGGGAAGCAGACACUGGCAUCUGUCACUGAAGAGGUGCACACUCUGAAACUGAGGAACAUGCAGCUGGAAUCCACAGUGAGAGAAAAGGAGAAUGAUUUAGCAGACGCACAGGACCAGCAUCAGUUCCUGCAGGCAGAGGUGGAACGCCUGAAGUCAGAGAUCGAAUCCACAGUGAGAGAAAAGGAGAAUGAUUUAGCAGAUGCACAUGGCCAGCAUCAGUUCCUGCAGGCAGAGAUGGAACACCUGAAAUCCGAGAUUCAGAGUUUGAAUGAGGCACUUCAACAGAUGUCGGAACAAAGUGUCAGCAGAUCCAGGCAAGAAGAAUUGGAAACCAAGAUCAACGAGAAGGAAUCUGCAAUCAACCUGCUGAAGAAUCAGGUUCAGUCAAUGGAGCAUGAAAUAAGAACAAGUGGGGAAAAACAUAGACAUGCCAUCAUCUCUAUUCAAGAGGAGUUAGGGGGGAAAAUGACAGAGAAAAAUAAGGAAAUUCUCUCACUUCAGACCCAGAUUGAAUCUCUCUCAUGUCAGCUGGAGGAAAAUGAGACCAAACUUAAAGAUAACAUUCCAAAUGCUGUGCAAGAGGAACUACAGGCAAAAAUUGAAGAGAAAAACAAAGAACUGACCUCCCUUCAGACUCAGCUCGAGACUCUCCGAGUUCAGUCAGAGAAGGAAGGAGUGCAGGAACUCCAGUACACUAUAUCAGAGCUGGAGGUCAAAGUUCAAAACUACAGUCACAGAUGUUGUAAUCUGGAGCAGUUGGUGGAAAAAUUACAGUCUGGGGUUCAUGUUCCUCAGACUCUGCAGAAAGAACUGGAGCAAAUGAAAUGCGAGAAUGAGACUUUGAGGAAUGAACGAGAUAAUUUCCAGUUCGAAGAGAAAAUGAAGAGAGCAAAACUGGUGUCAGAAUUUAAUUCUCUGAGGUUUACCAUCAAAAAGCAAGAUAAAUCCAUCCAAGAGCUAUUAAAAGAAAUUGAUGAGGUAGACCUCAAGGCUGUGGGCAAGGACGUAGUGGACAAACUGGCUAAAGAAGAGAAGGAAAACGACAAGUUAUGGACAGACCUAGGUGUUAAGGACAGAGAGAUCGAACACCUCCAGAAAUACCAAAGCCAAGUGGUGGAGCUCACCAAACAACUGACAGAGUUAGGGAGAGAUAAAUUAGAGCUGGAGAAAAAGUUAAUAGAUUCCAAGAAAAAUGCAGAGAGAAUGGAAGGAAAUGUGUUUACUCCACAUGCGACGGAGCUUGCUGACAAGAAGAGGGAGACUUUUGCUCUCAGAAUGCAGUUGGAGAAAGUCCAAGAUUCUGUUAAAAGCAGGGAGGAGGCAUACAGUGAAAAUGUGGACAGGUACGAAAAGAGGAUAUCUUCCUUAAAAAAUGAAAUCCGGCGCCUACAGCAGGACACUGAAGCCACUGUUGUGCCAUCUGCAUUAAAGAAGACAUUAUUCCAAGAAUCAGCAGAGAAAGCGAGUGAUUUGUCUAAUAGCAGUACAAAUGACUCCGGUGUUGUGUACCGGUCUUCGUAUUGUGGGGCCAUGGACCAGUACUGCAAUCUGAUGCUGAAGAAUGAGAACAAACGUCUGGAGAAAGAGAACAAAAAGCUCCUCAAUAAACUCACACAAAUACAGACAGACCUGCACAGAGGCAAAGAAAACCCUCAACAGAAGAGUUAUCAGACUAGUGAGGAGAUUGAAAAAGUUUCCAGCACUGUCAGGAAAGAACCAUUGGAAGAUUCCAAGUUGCCACAAUUUGACUUUUCCAUCCCAAAAGUAACCGCUAGUGUUCCUGUGCAGAGUCGUUUUAAGAUGCCAGAAUCUGCAAGGGAAAGAGAUCUCCCCUCUCAUGAGCAUGGUGAUAUCAAUGCUGAUGACAACUGUGCAACACAGUGAAAACAAGACUUCACUUUGAGGAUUGUCGUUUUCCUCGUUUGAUAUAUCGUGUUAGUGAGCCAUGAUACAGAACUGUUGUCAAAUUACCAAAGGAAUUAGAGAUACUAUAGGCUUCCUCUUUAUUUGUCUGACCUGAAGGAAUCAGAGAUACUAUAGGCUUCCUCUCUAUUUGUCUGACCUGAAGGAAUCAGAGAUACUAUAGGCUUCCUCUCUAUUUGUCUGACCUACUUUGUUUUCUGCACUUUCUUCAUUGUCCUGUUUAAUUAAGAUUGCGAAGUCAGUAUUUUAUUUUUAUAUUGAAUAAGUAGAUAUUAUGUUUUACUUAUGUUUUUUGAUGUGGUGUGGUGUGGGGGGGUCAUUGACUAGUAUUGUAUUAGUAAUACUAUCAGAAUGCCUUUUUGAAAUGAUUGAAUGCUUUGAGAUUGAUGGUGAUAUGAAAAAGAUAACUUUUUUAAUUCAUAUUUUUAUAUGUGCUUGUGUUACAUAAAAUAGAAAUGCCUGUAUUUAGUGCAGGUGUACAUUAGUUCAGGUUUGAAAAUUCAUGAGAGCAAGAACUGCGAUGCUUUACACCAGCACGUUUCAGAAAAAGUGUGCUGGCAUGAAGUGUCGCCGUCCAUCCCCUCGUUUAUUUUCAAAUAUGAAAUUUAUUUCUUUAUUAGAUAAUCCAUUUCCUACACAUGUUCAGUCUCAAACGCAUCCUGUAUCCAUGUUUGUUGUCUGAAACAGUGGCGCGAUGGUGUUAAAGAUGUGAAGUUAUGUGUAAACACUAAUUUAAAACCAAAUGCAUGUACAAGAAUUAUGAAACAAUGCUAUAGAACAUUUGAAUUGUUUGAAAAUGUAUUUGUGCUUUUGAUUGAAGCAAAUAAAGUGCAAAACAUGCAAAAUCUACAAAA